AUGUCAGCACAGAAGAAGCCACCAAUGAGUACUGUAUUUCCAGCUUGUCCGGAUGAGGAAAAAACGUUGGAUCCAAUUAUUUUUCACGUUCCUGCUACGUAUAACGAAAAAGUAAAAAUUCACGAUUGGCAAAUGCCCACGUUGGCAGAACCCAGGGACAAUAAACACAUAUUUCCACCCGACGGAAGUCUUCACAAGUCAUCGUAUCUACGACUAGGACCGGAUGUUUCAACCACCGGAAUUUCAGAAACGCAAGCAAUGAUGUCCCAGAUAGAACUGAAGCAUCUGUAUGCGCCUAUUAUUCCUCAACGAAGGCUACUCAAUAUGAAGGCACUCGCAUCAGAGGUGACCGAGGAGAAAAAGCUUACAUCGGUUUCGGAAGCAUUGUACGAUCCUGAAGCUGCACGUACCAUGGAUUACAGGACGACGCAGGAAAUUCACUAUAGGCUACCUUAUCCUGCAAGACGAAAGCCUCCGCCGCCACCGCCGCCGCCAGUCCCAUGGCUUUUAAAUCGUCGGACAAUCGGUUAUGCUCUGCGAGACUUGGAAAAACGGGACGGCUAUUAUACCUUCUUGGACGACGACAUGGAGCUUCAUCAUAAAAUAGCGGACUUGAAAUCCAAAAGAGACAAAUUGGGUGAAUUCACUGGCGCGAAAAGUUCACCUGAAGAGCUUACUUGUCACGUUGACCCGGAACACGAAUAGUUGCAUGCUAGUUUCCCGUGAUAUUUCAAUGUUUCAGCUACCGCAAGCUUGUCAAUUGAACAAUUUCCUUUUGAACAAUGACUUCGUGAGAAUCUUCGGAAAUGAUAUUACUCCGUGUUAUAGUUAUCGAAUAAUUUAUCAAGGGAUCCUCGAUUUUUAAAAGGAAUAUUAACAACUAUGAACGCUUACUAGGCUACGAAUUACCAAAGGAAAUUGGUCCAAGCUUAUCGCACCAGAUGACAUUUUGACAAUGUCAUUCUGCUUGAACAAUUCGACACUGUGUGCAAUUUAAAAGACUCGGAUUAAGAAUAAAGUGAUGGAAGAGAAAGGA